AUGCCUCCAGUUUGGCCGUUCGGGGACUCCUCCGACGUUCCAGGAUCGACCGUCGCCGGACUCUAUGUUCGGGAUGAGAACAUCGCCAAUACAUUAUCUUCCGUCGACCCUUAUACCCCCCACCACCUCCUCCCACGGGCAGACUCCUCAGCAGAAGAGACCACCAAGCCAAAAUACGGCCAAGGCACGGUCGACCCGCACAGCAUAAAGAUGCAAGGCCUAAUGGCUUUGUUUGCCCUUAUUGGACUCGCGUUUGUUUUGGGGGCAAUCUGGUUCUUCUUCUGGGCCAAGAAUGGCGGAUUCGUCUGGCGAAAGGGCGACUGGGAUGACUACAAGUCCACUGUUCUGCGACGAAAGGGACCCGACGGGAAGACUCUUAGUAAUGCCACAGCGAGUACCAAGCUCGGUGGCGGAAGUGUUGUUGGCAAGGGCUACACCGACAACGGAUACUCGUUUACAGAAGGAUCAUACACCGACACAGCGACGACUGUUACAGAGAAGAAGUCACGGCGCAAGAAGUUCAGAGAAACCGCCAAAGAAAAGCUUCUCCGACGCAACAAGCAUGAACAGUGGGAAGGCGCAGAGGAUGCCGACGUACGCGCCUACCGAGAAGAAAAGCCCGCCCGCAUUGGCGGCAUGAACCGUGAGGCCGACGGAACCUACCACGGCAGCGACUACGACACAUCUGCCCCGCCGACCUCCUACCAGAGCGAGAUGAGCCAGUCAUAUGAUUUUGCCUACGAUCAACCACCCCCUCCGCGCCGCGAUCCCUCUGGCUUCUCGUUCACCCAAGGCAGCGAGGAUGUUAUCAGCCAAGUAACCGAAGAGCCUCGCGUCCGCGAUCCAUCCACCCGCCGCCACAACCGCCGUCGCGAACGUCGCACAGCCCCCCGAAAGCACCGUGAGCGCCGCUCCGCGCCCCAGGGCCACUUCACUGAACCCCUGGAUUUCUCAUCUGCGGGCUCCCGUUCCGAGUACCAAUACUCCAACGUUGACACCGAGGAUUCUGGUACCAAAAGCUACAAGCAUCCUAUUCCGGGCUUGACGAAGGGAUACCGCCGUGAUGGCCGGAGUCGUCGUCGCGAUAGUCUGAGUGAUAGCGAGGGUGAGACACAGUACUCUUGA